UCCUCCUGCCUCAGCCUCGAUUUUUCGAGCCACCUUCAGUUGAUAGGAUGAAAAAAUUUAAAAGAAGGCUAUCCCUCACACUCCGAGGAAGCCAGACUAUUGAUGAAUCGCUGUCUGAAUUGGCUGAACAAAUGACUAUAGAAGAAAACAGCAGUAAGGAUAAUGAGCCUAUUGUGAAGAAUGGCAGGCCUCCAACGUCUCACAGUAUGCAUUCCUUCCUCCACCAGUACACAGGAUCUUUCAAGAAGCCCCCAUUGCGGAGACCACACAGUGUUAUUGGAGGGAGCCUCGGCUCCUUCAUGGCAAUGCCCAGAAAUGGAAGCAGAUUAGAUAUUGUUCAUGAAAAUCUAAAAAUGGGAUCAGAUGGUGAGAGUGACCAAGCUUCUGGGACAUCAUCUGAUGAAGUCCAGUCACCUACAGGUGUUUGUCUCAGAAAUCGUAUACAUAGACGGAUCUCAAUGGAGGAUUUAAAUAAGCGGUUAUCGCUGCCUGCAGACAUCAGAAUACCUGAUGGAUAUCUCGAAAAGUUGCAGAUAAACAGUCCACCAUUUGACCAACCAAUGAGUCGAAGGUCUCGUAGAGCUUCCUUAUCAGAAAUUGGCUUUGGAAAAAUGGAAACCUACAUCAAAUUGGAAAAGCUUGGAGAGGGUACAUAUGCAACAGUGUAUAAAGGAAGAAGUAAAUUGACAGAGAAUUUGGUGGCAUUAAAAGAAAUCCGAUUGGAACAUGAAGAAGGUGCACCCUGCACAGCUAUAAGAGAAGUUUCACUAUUAAAGGAUUUAAAACAUGCAAAUAUAGUAACCUUACAUGACAUUGUUCACACAGAUAAAUCCUUGACUUUGGUGUUUGAGUAUCUGGAUAAAGACCUGAAACAGUACAUGGAUGACUGUGGAAACAUCAUGAGUAUGCACAACGUAAAGCUAUUUCUAUACCAAAUUCUACGUGGUUUGGCAUAUUGCCACAGAAGAAAGGUAUUGCAUCGAGACUUGAAACCACAGAACCUCCUCAUUAAUGAAAAAGGAGAACUAAAGCUAGCAGAUUUUGGACUAGCCCGAGCCAAGUCGGUUCCCACAAAGACCUACUCAAAUGAAGUUGUCACACUAUGGUACCGGCCACCUGAUGUGCUUCUCGGUUCCUCAGAGUACUCAACACAGAUUGACAUGUGGGGUGUUGGUUGCAUUUUCUUUGAAAUGGCUUCUGGAAGACCUUUAUUUCCAGGAUCAACUGUGGAAGAUGAACUGCACUUAAUUUUCCGACUGCUAGGAACUCCAUCUCAGGAAACUUGGCCAGGUAUUUCUUCAAAUGAGGAGUUCAAGAACUACAACUUUCCAAAAUAUAAACCACAGCCUCUAAUUAACCAUGCACCCAGGUUAGAUUCUGAAGGAAUUGAGUUGAUAACAAAAUUUCUUCAGUAUGAAUCUAAGAAAAGGGUUUCAGCAGAAGAGGCCAUGAAACAUGUGUACUUUCGAAGUCUGGGACCAAGAAUACAUGCUUUACCAGAAAGUGUAUCAAUAUUCAGUUUGAAAGAGAUUCAGUUGCAAAAGGAUCCGGGUUUUCGAAAUUCUUCUUAUCCAGAGACAGGUGUGUUUGUCAUAAACCAUUUCACGUGUCGAUCAUGAAUUUUUGCUUGGAACCAAGCUUUUGGUUUAUAAAUUGAUCAGUAAAAUUAUUGAUGUAAAAACCAAUGUACAGUGCAUUCCACAACUGUGUAUGUUUAACAUUGCACGUACUUACUUUUCUGUAUGAUGUGGGCAGCUCAGUAAAUCUUCAGAGAAAAAUCUGACUCAGUCAAGUCAGGGAUCCUGAAAGCUACAGAUGGCAUAAAGACUUACAAGUGACCUGGCUUUAUCACUGCACACGCCAUCCCUGGUACCUGAGGCAGAAGACACAUCUUGUGCUUCCCUAGUCAUCAGGUUCAUCACUUCGAAGCAUAGAAGCUGUAGACUAACCCCAUCAACAGAAGGGUCAGUUAAGACAGUGCUGAUCACUCUUACCCUGGAAUAUUAGCUUUUGCUGGUGGGAACAUUAGCUUCCUAGUCACCAAAUAACUGUGUGGGAUAAAGCUGAACCUUGAACUGCCUCAUAAAAUGACUUUAUAUUUUAGGACAUGGGAAGAACAGAAGACAGAGCAUGCUCUUUUAAGUCUGAUAACAUGAUUUCAAGCCCAGCCCCCAGCCUUUCUUACCAAUCAAGGACUCAGAUCUGAAGGCAACUGUUUCUUUUGGUGGACUUGGAAUCUCCGUUUGUCUACACUGUCCCUUCACAGUGGAGUCUUUUAUUUCAGACCUACAGAUUGUUUUUAUAUUUGUUGUCACAGUGUGACAAUUUUUUGUACAGUCGGUUUUAAGGUCUUCUCUGCCAUUAGAGCCAGUAGGUUGAUGUAACUGUAGCUGCAAUUUUUGUGCAGGACUGAGAAACACAGUGCAUUAUUUAUUGCGGAAUCAUUGCUGCUAAAUAACUACUGUCUGUUUAUUUAACACAACAAUUGAAUGCCUGAAGUUGCAGUGGCUUUAUUAUAUGUGAAUGCAUCUGUUUCUCCUCACAAAUUGUUUUACUGCUGCAUUUUUUGUUUGUUUAUUAAAAUUAAACUGCAGUGUUUCCUGGAAUGUAAAUUUAGCUUUGCUUAACAGUAAAAUAAGUGAGCCAUCUUGAACACUUUAAGUUUAUGCUAUAUAAUUUCUUAGUGAAUAUUGGCAAAUAGAGUAGCUAAGAGAUUGACAAGCACAUUAUGUUUAGAUAAGCAUGUGAUGCAGAAGUUGAUUCAAGCAAGUGAAUACCUGACAUUUUGAGGAUCUCACAUUAGAUACCAACAAAUUAAAGCUCCAAAAUUAUUUAUUUUUUUGCCCGUUCCUCGUUUUAGAAAUGUCUACUGCAUAUUACUGGAUAUCUGUAUACUAAUACACUUACCUGUUUUACAUUGUGCUUUAAAUUUAGUUAAAACUUAACCAUAGAAGUCCAUUCAAACAUGAAAGGUCUUGCAAACAUGAAAGAUCUUGCUUUGUUUCAAAUACAUUUAUUUUAUUAGAAAGGGUGAUACUUCAUUGGGGAACAAUUUCUUUCAUUUGGGGGCUGUGUGUUUCAGUAACAUUCACUUGGAAUCAGCUUAAAGCUGUAAUAUGUCUUUGAAAUGAGCCAUGAUAAAUUACAAAUAAGACAAAUGAGAACUUACAGGAUUGCUUUAAAUUAUUGUGGGUAUUACUGUUUACCAGAGAUACUAAAUAUUAGUUUUAAUUAUGCAUCUCUUUGAACAUCAUAAACACACUUUGGUGUUGGUAACAGUAUUUUAAGCAUUUGUGUUCACUUUUAAGGACUAUUUGUGUAGUGCAUCUUACAAACUAUAAAUCUUAAUUGGUAUAUUUUGAAAUGGUCGUGUAAAUUUUUGCCUUAUAUAUCAUGAAAAUAGUCAUAACUUAAUUUCUUUUCCUGAAAUUCACUGUAAAACAUUCAGGGGUCCUACCAUUUCUGUUCGGGACAUCUUGUAGUUUAUUGUUAUUUAACAGUAUUAAGUGGAUUUUUGUAUAUUUCAUUUUAACUUUAUUUGUGAAUAGUGAUUGUGGCAUGUUUGGAGUGUUAUUUUCAGAUUUCAUGAUACUGAAAUUUUAAUUUAAAAAAAACUUUUUUUGGAAGAAACAGAUCAUGUGUAAUGGUGAAUAUUGGACCACUACUCCUUUUCACAUUUGUAAAUUGGUUUUAUGUUAAACCUUGUAGCCUAACAAACUGCUGUUCUUUCUAACUGACAGACAUGUAUCAAUAUUGUUCUUUGAAGGUUAUAAAUAUGUGGAAAUUCCUUCAUUUUGUUUUGAAAUUUAUAAUAACAAAAUCUCCAUGUUGUUAAAAUGUGGUUUUAUUGAGUCACAGUUCUUUCUUUGGGAUGAAGGUGGUGUCGAGUGGGGUCCUUUUCUUUUAUGGGUCAUUUUUAAGAUAAUGAAGUUUCACUUCGCUAGAGGUGAUAACUGCUUUCUGUUUGUGCCAAUCAUUUGCUUAAUAAUUUCUGCUGUUUUUUUAAUAGCACUCUCAAUUUUAAAGUAUCAAAUUUGUCAUUUCAUGUAUAUUUGAUUUGUUGCAAAUUUGACAUAUAAUUUUCCAUAGGCUUAAUUCUUGCAUAUAAAAGGUGAAAAUAUAUAUCCAUUUGUUACAUAAAAUGUUUCUUCCUAGGAAUUCCUAGGGAUAUUUCUUCCUUAAGGAAUUUGGUAAGCAAACAAGUGUUUGUUUUUUUGUUUUAUUUUUGUUACUUGAGCAUCAUUCAGAUCCUGAAAACAUUGCAUUGAAGGUAAUUGAAACUCCAAAACUUGGAACUUUGAAUACUUAUGAUUCCUCUUAAACUGAUAAGAUUCUUAAAGGUAAGAGAAGAUGCCUUUUAUGUUUUUUUUUUCCAAGUGGUACUAUGAACACACGUUGGCUAUGUCAUUCAAGGUAUGUGGAGUAGCUGCAUUCUGUCAAAUGCUUUAUCAACUUUCAUUUGAAAAACUACUUGUUAACAUAAUAACCUAUCUUUUGGACUCGGGACAGUUUAUGUGGGUUGUUUUUAAUCUUUACUUUUAAAAAAUGUGUUAAGAUAUGUAUAUAUCAUAAAAUUUGGCAUUGUAA